UAUUUUUUAACGGUUUUCGGAUCUUUUAAUGCAACGAAAAUGUAUCGGAAAAUUUGGCACAAACCUCUGCAUCGUCGAAAGAUUAAACAGUGGAGGCAGCUGCCGUUCUUUAGCAAAAUUAUUUACUACCAACAGCCCUUUAUCGAUCAUUUGGUUAACACUUGGCUGGAGCCAUUACCUUUUCCGACAAUACUCAAGGUGUUGGUCACCUUCAUUUUGGCAAUAUUCAUCCUGCUACCGAUCUUAUAUCCAGCGGUCAUAUUCAUUUGGUCCUACGCUGAAGUGCAGUAUAUCAUCGAAAACCACUACGACAUCGCCUUCCCGGAUAAACUGAAUGUGCUCGGCUAUCUGCACCGCCUCUACACCUUUCGCAUUGCCAAUGAAAAAUACAAUCUCUUUCUGGUGUUGUAUUUGGAGCGCUGGCGCAUAGUGGGCACGGCGAUCGCCUCAACAAUUGACUAUAUACGGCUGGCGCUGUGUCUGGUCUUCACCACGCAAUAAAGAAACUACUUUAUUUUAUAUUACUGGCUAUAAAAA